UAGUAUCUGCUGAAAUAGAUAAAGCAGCAGCUCCAUCAGAUAUCCACAGCUUCAAUUACUCUACAACAGGCACUGAAUGAGCAGAUAUUUUCAUUGGUAAAUCAUAAUGGCGACCGUUACGACCACCGCCGCUACCAGUCUUCUCUUUAAACAGGCGACCAUUGCGGGAGCCCAAGUACCGCCUAUGGCCAUCGGUACUUGGUCUUGGGGGGAUAAAACCUGGGGCUAUGAAUCCAAAGACUUCGAGAAUAUUAAGGAGGCAUGGAGUGCUUCUGUGAAGGCUGGAUUGACCUUCUUUGACACUGCUGAGGCCUAUGGUAAUGGUGAAUCCGAAAGGAUCAUUGGUCGUCUUAUCAAAGAAGGAACGUCUGAAGAAAAUAAAGCUAGGCUCUACAUUACGACCAAAUUCCUCCCUUUCCCCACCAGAAAUGGCUUUUUCCUCUUCAAUCCCCCAGUCGUAGAGCAUCUAAAGGCCUCUUUAGAGAGAUUGGGACUUGAUUCAGUCCCCCUAUAUCAGUUGCACUCCUCUAUCUCUCUAAAUUCCCAUGAGAAAAUAGCAGCAGGAUUGGCUCAAUGUGUCAAGCUGGGUCUAGCCAAAGCUAUCGGGGUUUCUAACUUCAGCAAGGAUGAGCUCAUCAAGAUGAGCGAUUUGUUGGAGAAGCAUGGGGUCAAAAUUGCUUCCAAUCAGAUUGAAUUCAGCCUUCUCCGCCAACUACCUGAAGAGAAUAGGCUUCUGGAAGAGAUGAAAAAGAGGGGCAUCGCUUGUUUGGCUUAUUCCCCGUUGGCAAUGGGACGCCUGACGGGCAAAUAUAAUGCUUCUAACCCUAUUCCUCCUGGACGAAGGUUCAGCUCCCAAUAUAGCUGGGAACAACUUGAACCCCUCAUUUCUGAACUGGGUACUUUGGCCAACAAGUACGAGGUAACGCAUUCAGCAGUCGCUUUGAAUUGGGUCAUGUGUAAGGGCGCUAUACCUUUGGGUGGUGCAAGGAAUAAGAGUCAGGCGGAGCAAAAUGCCAAAGCUGUGACGUUCAAGCUUACCGAUGAAGAGGUUGACAGAUUAUCGAGUUUGGGAUUCAGUGGAAAGAACACUUGGUUCUGGCAACGAGGAUAAAGACUUUUACUCGAGUAAUACUACUACAGUUUGCUCUAUCCCCUUAACACAUGCGGACAAUAUUCCUGGUUAUUCCAAUACAUCUAACAGGGUGGAUCUGAGAUGAGAACAGUAGUAUUGUAUUGCUAUUUAAUCAAGUAUCGUAGCAUACAACAUCCAUAGCCUCCCUAUCCCACUCUUUGACCCACUUGAUAACAUCGCUCCAGGUCUUUGUCCUAUGAAGUCCAUG